GCCGUUGACCCUGGCUAUUGACCGAGCAACCCGACGUUCCUACCGGCUCCCUCCGCAGGAGAAUGUGUACUUGCCAUAGUUUGUCCUCUCCUUAGAACAAAACCGUACACAUAUGCCUCGGUAUAUAUAUAUUUUUUUUCAUAAUCUUGUCCUAUGUUGACAUUAAAUCGUAAAAAUAACAAUUUUCAAACGGGCUCUGAAGAGCAGAUGUUGCCAAUCUGAUAAAUCUUGCAUACAGGCUGCUUCAUGGCAUAAAAUGUACAAAAUCACCACCAAACAGUGGCUUUCAAAAUACAUUUACCUUUUACCCGGUCAUGUGGGCACACACACAGACACACGCCGUUAUGAAACGACCAGUCAAGGUUGACCACAUGACCGAGUAAAUGAACUUGUGUAUUUAACGCCGUGCUUAAAUGAUUCCAGGUCUGUCCGGGUCUGUAACCUGGGGAAAUAUUUAUGCAUCCGGCACAUUACAUCCAGUAUACCUUUCAGCAAAGUUGUGGCUGCUUGUCACAUGCCUCGUCCAACAACAACCGCCAUUCGCCACUAAGUGGGGGGUGACUUCACCACGACGCUUGUGCCAGGCUACGUGCACCUUUAACGCUACUUGAAGUGUCGAACGCCCGCUGGCAGGAGGUCACGGGACAGACCCAGCAGGUGACAUGGGUUGACUGACUGAGAUGACUGGCCGAUGUACCAGCCGUGCCCCCUACUAUGCAUAGUCCAGUCGACCUGCGACAUGGAAAAUAUUCGGUGAGAGAUUAUGCCCUUAUGAAAAGACAAGAUUCGUAUGCUGAUGUACAUGUAACACGUGUUACACUGCUUUGCAUGCAGGGCAGCUGGAAAAACAGGUACUUUGUGCUUCGAGACUUCGGUUAUCAGUGCUUGCUGGAGUAUUACGAGAGCGAAAGCCACUUCGUCACCAACCAAUCGCUUGGAAUCAUUUCCAUGUCAAGCAUUGAAGAUAUAGAAGUCAAUCCGGAGAAGAACCCAAAGUGGUCGGUUGUAAAGGCCGUGAUGCUGCACGACCCGGGGGACGCCGUGUUGUUCUUCAAGGUCUACAAGCGUCAGUACUUCCUCGUUGGCAGCAGGAGGGACAUCGAUAAGUGGAUGCAGAAGCUAAAAGAGGUCCGUACGCCGCUCCAUCCCAUACUCUACCAUGAAGACACGAAGGACAAUGAAAUCAGCAUCCUGUCUAAAUCAAGCAACCAAUCAAUCUUGUGGGCAAUGGACAAGCUCAGCAUUGAUAAGGAGUUUGCAGCAGGCCAGCCAAAAGAAAGUGACAAGGAGUCGUCAAGCCCAAUGCAAACCAGUGCUGCUGCUGAGCAUACCGACCCCGGACAGUCUUGGAAGGUUUCCGACUGCUACAGGCAGAUGAAAAAGGACCAGACUGCACAGCUGAUCACUGUCAAGGUCAACCGCAGUGAUGUCCUUGACAACAUGUCAUUUUCUGAAUACAAUGGCAGAUUAUACAUUCUGGUAAUCAGGGAGGCAUCAGAAAUAAAGGAAUUGCACUUUGGUGAUGAAAUUCUGGCCGUGAAUGACCUGAGACCCAGAAACGCCGAAGACAUAAAGCGUUUUACUUCCCAGUGCAUCAAGGAGGAGGUCGCAGUUUCUGUGCGGAGAGUACCACAGGCCGUGAUAAUUCAGCUGAAAAGACAACGCCAAAAUGAUCCGUGGGACUUGAGAGUGGAGGGAGCAAAGGUUCUGAGCAUCAACCCCAAUAUGAUCGCCAACAAGACAAAGCAAGAGGACAUUUCAUUUGACGGGAAGCUUGGAGAUUUCUGGCAGCUCACAGAGGUCAAUUUACACCCUCUUGACAUCCUCAAGCCCAAGAAUGAAGUGAAGGAUCUGAAAAGAAUGCUGGGCACCAAGCUGGAAGCGUGGCUAGUGAUUCAUCGCGCCAGGUUCAUCCGCGAUCUCAUGGACUCAGCGGCGUGCUGAGAACUUCGCCCCGUGCAUCGGUUUGGUGACGGUG